AUGUCUGAAAAUGAAGUACAAGGCAAUAACAACAACCAGUUGGAAAAACAAGAUAGUCAAGUGGGACCUGAUGAUAAAAAACAAAUAUAUGGUAAAGAUGUCGUUGCUCUAAAUGUGACCGGAACUGUCAGUUGGUUUAAUGUUAAAAGUGGUUAUGGUAUGAUUCAUCGUGACGAUGUUGACGAAGAUAUAUUCGUUCAUCAAACAGCAAUCAUAAAAAAUAAUCCAAAAAAAUAUUUACGAAGUGUUGAUGAUGGCGAAAGAGUCGAGUUCGACAUCAUUCAGGGUGAAAAGAGUUAUGAAGCGACAAAUGUAACAGGUCCUAAUGGUACUAAUGUGCAAGGUUCAAAAUAUGCUGCCGACAGGCGACAAUUUAAUACACGUGGUGGCUUUCGAGGACGUCCAUUCCGCAGACCAUUCCGCGGAGGCGGAUUCAGAGGAAGGGGAGGAUCUGGUAGACCACCAAUGCAAUUUCGUCAAGCUGGCUUCAAUAGAGGACUCGAUCAACCGAUGGGAUCAUUUGACAGAAAUUUAUCGGAUCCAUCUAUGAUGCGAGGAGGAGGUUGUGAAAAACAAGAUAGCCGUGUGAGACCCGAUGAUAAAAAACAAAUAAAUGGUAAAGAUGUCGUUGCUCUAAAUGUGAUCGGAACUGUCAGUUGGUUUAAUGUUAAAAGUGGUUAUGGUUUCAUUCAUCGUAACGAUGUUGACGAAGAUAUAUUCGGCGAAAAGGGUUAUGAAGCAACAAAUAUAACAAGUCGACUACCAGUGCAGUUUCGUCGAGCUGGAUUCGAUCAACCGAUUGGACCAUUUGACGAAAAUUUAUCCGGUCCACCUAUAAUGUGCGGAGGAUUCCGUACUCGAAGGAUUUUUAAAGGACGUGUUGGUUUGCCGCGGGUAAUCAGAGGCAGUUUUGGUCUAAGAGGUUUAUCAACUGACACAAUGUAA